AUGUCAAUACUAUUACCUAAUAGAAUAAAAAUGAAAAUCAACUCUGCUUGUGCCUUACCAGACAAAUAUACUGUGAGACUUUUUCUUAAUAGAUUAAGAAAGAAUAUCAUCUCUCUCGUUACAUUUUCUCAACCUAAAAAUGUAGAUGAAGCUAUUGAAGCUGCUAAACAAGUUGAGAGCAGUCAAUAUUAUAAACAACAAUCUCCUGUACUAACCAAAAUAAGUGGAAAUGACGAAUUAGAACAAGUUUUAGAUUAUUAUGAGGAAGAAGAACUUAGUGAAAUUGAAGUUUAUAUGGCAGAUAGUCAAGAAGAAUACAAAAAUAUAACUGAUCUUUUAUCCCUUGACUAUAAUCCAUGGAAUGAAGAAAACUCUGUCUAUUUAACUCUUAUAUCUAAAGAAGAAUUUGAAUCUAAUCCAGUGGUAUUUCUUGCUGAGACUUCUAAAAAAAAUAUUUGGAAAAUCGAAGAUGAUCUUUAG